AUGUCUACGACCCAAAUUUCACAUAUGCUGCUCCUUAAUGCUGGAAUUGAAUUGAUCGAGUUCAGUGUCCUACAGAAGAACUGCUACUAUGUCAAGCGAGGCCGCACCACGGGAGUCACAGCCGGUAUCUGCAAUGGCACACUUGCACUUUGCAAUUGGCCAGAAGACGAAUCCGUGCAAUAUGAAUCACAACGGAAGAGUGUACCAGGUCUCACCGUGCACCACCGAGGAAUUUGUGAUUCUCAGCAAAGUAGCCGACUUUAA